CUGGUCUCCAAACAUCACUACAGUCCUUCCUAAUUCAACCUUUUGCGUUGCUUGCAACCAAAGAGCUGGCCUCUUGUUUCUUUCCGUCGUCGUAGAGGAUCAUCAGCAUCAGCACAUUUCACAUCACGUUAUCACUUGUAUCUGUAAUCUGACAGCAUGUCAGACGGACAGAAGAAGGAGGUACAAUUCGCCGUCCGCGAACGGUCAGCCUCUGGAGAUUCGCAAGCAACGACACGCACGACUCUCUCCAUCAAGACACCCUCUCUGAAGUCACCCCGAACAGCUCGCUUCGCUGAGGCAACCGCCGUCAACUCGCCCAUUGAGCCUUCCAAGACUGGUCGCAACCCGUUCAAGGACCCACCUACGAAGUACGAGAUGGCCCAACCUCAAGUGGCCGAUGUUGGCUUUGGCUAUGUCAACAAGCACGAAUCUGUGGAGAUGCCCAACACCGACUACGAGCCGCCCAUGACCGCUCGAACGAUACCUAUGAGUCCUCUCAAGAGUGCAAUGAAGACUCCCGGUGCUCCACCACGAGACUAUGGCAAUAUUCUCAGUCCGACAUUCAAAGAGGAGCAAGUACUCGAGAAGCAGGAAGCAUACACGGAGAAGGAGCAAGCGAAGGAUAUCAAAGUCAAGACUCGCGUACGGAUAGCAAAGUUCUUCCUACGAGGCGUCAACUUCUCAUGCUCACUGAUCGUUCUUGCAAUGCUCGCCACCACAUUCACGAUAUUCAACGCGACGAAAGCAAUACCUCCAAGGAACAAUCUCCCUCCAUGGGCGCCUGAACAGAAGACCUGGCCACAAAUUCUACUGCUGACCAUUGCCUGCAUAUCACUGGUAGCCUGCAUCUUCAUAUUCUACGCUUACUGGAAAGGAGGACAUCGAAAGGCAGAAAAGGCUGGAGUUUACUACACCGCCUUCACCGUUAUCUUCUUCGUCUUCAGCAUCGUCAUGUGGGCCGUCGGUGCAGCCGUCCUGCAAACCCAGAGAAACAACAGUAACAACAAGGACAUGUGGGGCUGGUCAUGCGUGAACAAUGAACGCAAGUCGCUCUUCCAAGACGAUGUCUCAUACGAGCUGGUCUGCAAAUUGCAAAAUUGGUCGCUCAUCUGUGCCAUAAUUGAGAUCGUCGUCGAGCUCCUUGCCAUCAUGGUCUACAGCUUCGUCUUCUACCGCUUCUACUCCAAGCGCCGCCUACGAAAGUCCAUGGCUGUUCGCGACCGUGCCCGAAGCGAUCUCUACCUGGCUCAACUCCGCUCUCAAUCAGCACCCAACACUCCAGCCCCGUUCUCGCCUCGCGAUGGCGGCUGGCGAGCACCAAACCAAGACAACUACAAGCACGCCAUAACAGUCGAAGAAGGCGAAGUGCAAUACGUCGACGCAAACCAGAUAGCACAACCUGCUCCAUUCAGACUCCAAGCACCACCGAUCCGCGUCACAGGCGCGACGCCAAAGAUGCAACAAAUGGGUUUCACGCCCGUGGCAACAGAAGUCCGACCACGAGACCGCACUCCUUCGCCACCUGUCGAUCAGAGAUCACCGCUCAUGGCCGAAGCGCCGCGAGAAUACCAACAAGAACACUUCGGCGCUGCACCCGGCGAGCAAGUGUACGAUGCUGUGCCCAUUCCUGGUGCGUACGAAGCACCUCUCUCACCUGGAAUGGAACGCGCACACAUGCAAUUCCCGCGGUAGGCAGAGAAGCGAGCGUGAAUUGAAGGGUCAAGAUUGAACUUGUGAGCGUUCGGGUUAUAUGUUUAUGUAUGGGAUGUCGAAACGAAUCUCACACUCUUUGUCGCCAGAUUCCAGGCUGGAUGUUGUCGCUAGCUGAUGGCCUUUUUCUCUAUUCUUAAUGAUACCUCUACAGUUUGAUGGGAUUUUCAUACAUGUGAAAGAAAUUUUUGUGGAAAUGAAAGCAAAAGGUUGAAACA